AUGCCUUUGUUCCCAGGCCACCGGUACCUGGGUCCCGGGAAUCCACAGCGCAACGGAGCUCCAGUGGACGAGGACGACGGCAUAGCCAAGUCGCACGACGUAGCCUACGAGCGGGCCAGGAGCCACGAGGACGUCUUUGCUGCUGAUCAGGCAUCUGCGGCUCUCUUCUUGAACGACUUUAGAGGCACGGGUAACUGGCACUCUGCAUUAGGUGCAGUUGGUCUGGGCACGAAGAAUAUUGUGGAACAAUACGUCUUGGGCCGUAGUCUCUAUGGAAUGCCAGGAGAUAGACGGAAACGUGCACAUAACGGGGAAUCAGAUACAGCAGACGCAAAGCGAUACCAGCCUGACUCAACUACCGGCGACACACAAGGUGCGCAGAUGUCGCAGCAGAUGCACACAGACGCCCCCACCCGUCCAGGCGGAGCAGGUGUUGGAGGUGACGGUGAAAAUUCGACAGAGCCGGUUCAGCAGAUUUUGCGCGUACCUCGCGACCACGGAGUCGUCACAGUCUUCCGUGACAGCAAAAUACUCACCACAUGGGCCUACGCAAUGCUGAAGACCAAUUUAGUUUAUGACACCGAGAAAACGUUUCCAGGAGUUCUGACUAUCAUGUCACGCUUGCCAGUGGACCGGCCGUAUCUUUACAUUCCUCACGGCACCUACCUUAACCUACCAGCUCAAACAAGAGCUGUUAGUCGCUCUGUCAAGGUAACCCCUCAUGGUUUACGCACGCCAUGGAAGACUGGCUCUUCGGUUGCCCAACCCGUCAACUCUGACAUGCUAGUCUAUGGCCUUAGCUCCGUCGGACUGAACCACCACUUGGAUACCGGCAUGUGUCAUGUGAAGAAAGGCGAGACAAACAACCCGAUGAAGCCACAGUAUUAUUUACCAUUUCAGGAGAAGGACCACUCGGAUCUGCCUAAGAGCUACUGGGGUCUAAAGAUCACACCCGGAAACGAGGACCACGAUGGCGAUGACGAAAAGAGCAUACCUGCGUGCAUGGGUGUACCACGUCACAACUUUGCUUACGACUUUAUUCACAUUGACAAGGCAAGUCCCCGCUUGACCAAGUUCGUAAACCAGUUUCCGUUCAAAGGUCACGUGGGCACACCUAUAGUCAACUAUGAGUACCAGUUUGCAAGUGACGCAUGGCUAAAGAUGGGUCCAACGUAUAACGCGGGAAACGAGUUGCUAACUCGUACACACCUUGGCCUGCCUGCUGACGUUGUAUCCUACACCACUAGCAACAUGUCAAACUACGAAUCGUUUAAAAACGAUGGCGCACUCACUAUUCAACCGAGUUUGAGUUUUGGGGUACUGGCAGUAAGCAAGUCUAACAAGGACGACCCAGGCAGUACUGAAACGUUACAAGACAUUGCCGCCUUUUGUCAAAUUGACACAGAACUGGUGGUUCACUCUGGCGUAGACACCAUAGUUGCCGACAGUGUUACUUUACCCUCGAACGUGGGGCCUUACUUGCGUCACUCCAACGAAAACAUCAAAGCAAGUUACAACAGCCUCACACGUCACGGACGUCCACUCAACCUCGCUCGCACGGAGUCCGAAGUUACCGAACACAAGGCAGAGCUGCAGGAGAUUGCGACGCCCAUCAUUGUGCUCUCAAACAACGACGUGCUUCCAGAUGACGAGGCCUUCAACCACCGCAUGUGGCGCAACAAGUGGCGACGUGUCCUCCACUAA